GGGGCGAGGAGCGGAAUCCGGCACUCGGCAACGGUCGGUGGUUUCCGUGCAGGCCAGGCCGCCAUUUUCCCCUCAGCCUCCUCGUACGCGUUGCCGGCGCGGCUGUCUGUCCCGCGUGCCCGCGCUUUGUCCUGCUCGGCGAUGGACGGAGAGGAUCUGACGAACUUCUUUCAGGCAGUGUACUCAAUAGCCCGAACUCUAACAUGAGCAGCAUGGUAGUUACUGCCAAUGGUAAUGACAACAAGAAAUUCAAAAGUGAUGAUAAAAUGGAUGGGGCUGCUUCUCGUGUUCUUCAUAUCAGAAAAUUGCCUGGGGAAGUGACAGAAACAGAAGUUAUUGCUUUAGGUUUACCUUUUGGUAAGGUAACCAACAUCCUGAUGCUGAAAGGGAAAAAUCAGGCGUUUUUGGAACUUGCUACAGAAGAAGCAGCUAUCACUAUGGUUAAUUACUACUCCGCUGUCACUCCUCAUCUUCGCAACCAACCUAUCUACAUCCAGUACUCCAAUCACAAAGAACUAAAGACUGAUAACACACUUAACCAGCGUGCCCAAGCUGUGCUUCAGGCAGUGACGGCUGUGCAGGCAACCAACGCUCCCAUCAGCGGGACCACUGUUAGUGAGAGUGCUGUGACUCCAGCUCAGAGCCCAGUGCUUAGAAUAAUUAUUGACAAUAUGUACUAUCCAGUAACCCUGGAUGUCCUUCAUCAGAUAUUCUCUAAAUUUGGUGCUGUUUUGAAGAUAAUCACAUUCACAAAGAAUAACCAGUUUCAAGCUUUGCUGCAGUAUGGCGAUCCAGUAAAUGCACAGCAAGCAAAACUAGCCUUAGAUGGUCAGAAUAUUUACAAUGCUUGCUGUACCCUGCGCAUUGAUUUUUCCAAACUGGUGAAUUUGAAUGUCAAGUACAACAACGACAAAAGCAGGGACUACACUCGUCCUGAUCUUCCGUCUGGUGAUGGGCAGCCAGCGCUGGACCCCGCUAUUGCUGCAGCAUUUGCAAAGGAGACCUCUCUUCUAGGGCUUCCUGUUGCAGCUGUUCCAGGAGCUCUGAGUCCUUUGGCUAUUCCAAAUGCUGCUGCUGCAGCUGCAGCUGCUGCCGCUGGCCGCGUGGGGAUGCCUGGAGUUUCAGCUGGUGGCAAUACAGUCCUCCUGGUUAGCAAUUUAAACGAAGAGAUGGUUACGCCCCAAAGUCUGUUUACCCUCUUCGGUGUUUAUGGUGAUGUGCAGCGUGUGAAGAUUUUAUACAAUAAGAAAGACAGUGCUCUUAUACAGAUGGCUGAUGGAAACCAGUCGCAGCUGGCCAUGAGCCAUCUCAAUGGACAAAAAAUGUAUGGGAAGAUUAUUCGGGUCACCCUUUCUAAACAUCAGACAGUACAGCUACCUCGAGAGGGACUCGAUGACCAAGGGCUGACUAAGGAUUUUGGGAACUCACCUCUGCACCGCUUCAAGAAACCCGGGUCAAAAAACUUCCAAAAUAUAUUCCCCCCUUCUGCAACGCUUCAUCUGUCCAAUAUUCCACCGUCAGUAGCAGAAGAGGAUCUACGCACAUUGUUUGCUAACACUGGAGGCACUGUGAAAGCAUUCAAGUUUUUUCAAAGAGAUCACAAGAUGGCACUUCUUCAGAUGUCAACAGUAGAAGAAGCAAUUCAGGCUUUGAUUGAUCUUCACAAUUACAAUCUGGGAGAAAAUCACCAUCUGAGAGUUUCUUUCUCUAAGUCGACUAUUUAAGAAGGCAGAUUGAAAGUGAGAGCGAAUCGCAUUGUUCGGUGUUGUCACCUAUUGACUGCUGAGGAAAGUGGGGACCAGAGUUUGUCUUCUGUUGGGUUUUUAAUUACUUUUUUCAUGCUGUUAAUCAUUCCUUGGUUGUUUGGGAAAAAAAAAGAAAUUAAAAGAGAAUUGCAAGGCAGUGACACCAACUGCUGUUGUUGAACUGUUGUUUAGAUAAACCAUCGUUUUGUUUAAAAGGUUUCAAGUUAAUACCACGUUUUUUCAACUUAGUUGACGUACGUGCCUUAAAAAGGAAAACUAGUACUGCUGGAGUUGCAUAACUAGUAAACAGCAAAUUUGGUUGUCUGGGGCACAUUGUUACAUGAUAAUUUCAAUAUGUUUAGGCAGGGGUGUGUAAAAAGGUUAAGUUUUUGUUUCUCCUGCUUGAUAGAUUUCCUUAUCUGCUGACUUGUCACUUAUAUUUCCUUUGAAUCGGACAAGACACGUUAUGCCGAGAGAGUAAAAUGACAUUGAUUUCUGCUACUUUUUGCUUUGUGAUCUUUUUCUAAAAAAGGCCUUUUGUAUUUCAUGAUUCUGGUCUAGAUUCAGUUAUGAAUGUAGGCAUUAGUUAAAAUUAACAAGGUACAGAAUAUUAAUUUCUUAAAGGACAAAAAGUGACUCCUGUGACUUUGAGCCCUACGCGAAAAGCAUUGUGGAAUCUUAACCUUUUUGUACACACUCUUGUGGGAUGUAUCAUAUAAAUGUCAGCACUAAGUAAUGUCUUGUUUGUGGCUGAAUAUUUUUCGUAGAUGUUUUUGAAGUUGACAUGACUUACGUGCAUUUCAAUAUAUAUUGCCAUCUUUAGUUUGUAAUUAAGAUAUGGAAUAUGGUUGUGGAUUUCUGAGCAUGUACAGACUGGUCAAGCUAGUUCAGGAAAUGGUGCAUGUAUUUUUCAAUGGUGAAGAAAGUUUGCUGCAACGCUUGCAGGAAAUUUUGUGGCAGUUUUCUAAAACUGACAACCAGGUGGGACCAAAGUUUAUGUGCCUUUAGUCUUAAUUUACCUUGCAUUGUAAUAUUCAGUUUUAAUAAAUCUCUUCAAAAUAUUUUGUAUUUAGGAAUUGAUCUGACUUUACUAUAAACAUGGCUCAGAAUCUACAGAUCCAGUUAAUUUGAGAGCAGUUCUCUGUCGGUCUGAACUGUUACCUUGAUUCUGUUUAACUGACCAAUACUUUUUGAAAUUGAUGUACUUAGUUUCAAGAUUUCAUAGAUUCUGUUAUCUAUGUAGAAAAAAAAAGAAGAUGGUCAUGUAUAUUUUCUAUUAGUUGAGUUUUUACAUCUUUAGAAUUGUAAAAUUCAGUAUAGUUUGAAA